AUUCAUUGAAAUGGUCCAACGUGUCUUGCGGUCUAAAAAAGAAUUUUUUUUUAUUUAAUUUUUUUUUUCAAUAUUUUUUUGUUUGGUUAAUGCGUUUAAUGUUUUAACAUUUUCUGGUUUGUUUUGUAUGAUAUAUUAAUCAGAGUUUUAAUAAUAAUUUUGCUUGAAACGAUUAUCGAAUUUGAUUCGAACGCAAAAAAAUCAAAAUGCCUGCUCAUUUUAUCCAUCUGGAAAAUGCACUUAAACGUGCAAAUGAAUUUAUCGAAGUACAAAAUAAACAUCGAGCAUUGGAAAUUUUAUGCGAUGUAUUACAUAGUAAAAAACAUCGUGUUUGGCAGAAAAAACAUGAAGAAAUAAUGAUGAAAUAUUUGGAAUUAUGUGUAGAAUUGAAACAAAGUUAUGUUGCCAAAGAAGGAUUAUUUCAAUAUAAAAUUAUUUGUCAACAAAGUUAUAUUAGUUCGUUUGAAGAAGUGAUUCGAAAAUAUAUACAAAUGGCUGAAAAGAAAACGAAUGAAGCAAAAGAACAAUCACAGGCUAAUAUAUCGGAAAUUGAUGAUCUGGAAAAUGCACAAACACCUGAAGAUAUUCUUAUGUCUGCUGUUAGUGUUGAAGGUUCACAAGAUCGUAAAGAUCGUGUUGUAUUGAUACCAUGGGUAAAAUUUCUAUGGGAAUCAUACAGGCAAUGUUUGGAUAUGUUAAAAAAUAAUAGUAAAACUGAACGUUUGUAUCAUGAUAUUGCACAUCAGGCAUUUGUUUUCUGUAUCAAAUAUAAUCGAAAAACUGAAUUUCGUAAAUUAUGCGAUAAUCUUCAUAUGCAUUUGGAUCAAUUGAAACGACAACAACUUCAAACACCGCAACAACAAAAUGCUAUUAAUUUAAGUUCACCUGAAUCGCAAGCAAUGCAAUUGGAAACCCGAUUACGACAAUUGGAUAAUGCUAUACAAUUAGAAUUAUGGCAAGAAGCAUAUAAAGCUGCUGAUGAUAUACGAAAAUUUAAUCUUAUGAAUUUGACUAAAAAAGGAUUGGGAAAACCACAAUUAAUUGCUAGUUAUUAUCAAAAAUUAGCAUUAGUUUUUUGGAAAGCUAAUUCAAAUCUUUUUCAUGCAACAGCUUUGUUUCGUUUAUUUCAUUUAUCGAAAGAAUUACGUAAAAAUAUAACAGCUGAUGAUAUACAAAAAAUGGCUUCACGUUUAGUAUUGGCAACACUUUCGAUUCCAAUUCCACCUAUUCGUCCGGAAAUUGAUAAAUUAGUUGAUACUGAAGAAAAUGUUAUUGAACAACAUCAUCGUAAUUUAUCAUCAUUGUUGGGUAUUAGUUCAAAACCACCAACAAGAUUUUCAUUGGUUAAAGAUUUGAAACGUAUGGGUGUUUUACAAUUUGCUUCACAACCAAUACAAGAUCUAUUUCAAUUAUUGGAAAUUGAAUUCAAUCCAUUAGGUAUUUGUGGUCGUGUACAACAGAUUAUCGAUUAUAUUGAACGUUCAACUGCAGAUCCGGAAAAAUCUACUGAAUAUCCAGAAUUAAAACAAUAUAUAUGGGCAUUGAAAGAAGUAACUGUUAUUCGUUUGAUUCGUGAAAUUGCACAAGUUUAUCGUUCAAUUGAAUUUAAACGUUUGGCUGAAUUAUGUCAAUUUGUUGAUCCAAUUUAUUUGGAAAAAUUAGUUGUUGAAUCGGCUCGUCGUCAUGAUCUUCAAGUACGUAUUGAUCAUCGUCGUGGUUGUUAUGUUUUCGGUACUGAACUUCGUGUUUCGACUGGUGAAGAAUAUAUUGAAGGUCCAUAUUUACAAUCGAUGCCUAAUGAACAAAUGCGUCGUCAAUUAGUAUCAAUGUAUUCAUCAUUACAAAAAGCAAUUCAUUUAAUCGAACCUGAUACUAUUAAACAACAACGUGAAGAUUUAAAACGACAAAUAAUGAAACAAUAUCAUUUACGUGCUAAUGAAGAACAUCGUUUAAUUUUAAAUCGUCAAAAUCUUAUUGAACAACGUCGUGAAAUAAUGGAACAAAUGGGUAUACGACGUGAAAAUGAAGAACGUAAACGUAUGGAAGAAGAAGAGGCUAAAAUACGUGAAGCAGAAAUGCAACGUUUGCUUGAAGAAACAAAAGAACGUGAACGUUUGAAACGUGAAAAAGAUGAAAAAGAAAUUCGUAAACAAAUUACUAGAGAUGAAUUGAAAAAAGUAAUGCCGGAUUUUGAACUAGAUAAUUUGGAUGAUGAUGAAUUGGCUAAAUUACGACCACAAGAUUUACAUCAAAAACGUGUUGAACAAUUGGAAAAAGAACGACGUGAACAAUUGGCUAAACAACGAAAAUUGGAACGUAAAGUUGAUCAUUUUGAACGUGCCAAACGAUUGGAAGAGAUUCCAUUAUUAAAACAACAAUAUGAAGAAUGGCGUGUUCAAGAUCAAGAAUUAUGGGCAAAAGCACAAGAAUUGAAAAUUAUUGCCAUGAAAGAGGAACGGGAAUUAACAUUGAAAGAACGUGAACGUUUUGCACGAGUAUUGGAUGAUAAGAAAGAAUUUGAAACAGGUGUUCUUGAAAGUCGUCGUGAAGAAUAUGAAGAAAAGUUAAGAAAUUUUGAUCGAAUCGUUGAAGAAGAAAGAAAAAAACGUUUAGAAGCACGUCGUCAAAAACGAAUCGAAGAACGUCGUGUUGCCUAUAUGAAAGAAAAACAGGAAAAACAUUUGGCUAAAGUUGCUGAAAUUCAAAAACGUCGAAUGGCCGAAAUUGAAGAAAAACUUCGUCAACAUUUAGCCCAACCGGCUGGUGGUGAAAAUGAAAGUGGUAAUGAAAAUCGAAUGCCAUUAGCUAGGCCAGCUGUUGUUGGUGCUGCCAAACAAUCAGAAGAUUCUUCUGAUGCAUCAAGAGAUUGGCGAAUUAAUCGUCCUAUUGAACGUAAAGAACCGCCUGCACCGGCAUUUCAAUCCAAAGUUCCAUCGAAUGCUGCUGCUAUUGGUGAUCGUAAUCGUGAACGUGAGCGUGAACCGAUGUCGAAUAGAGGUCCAAAUCGUCCAUUUCGGCAACCAGCACCACAAUCAGUGGCUGAUUCAGCUGAUGAUUGGCGUUCAGGUGAUAAGAAAGUCAUUCAGCCUCCUCCAUUGCGUGAAAGUCGUCCGACUUAUGGUGGUCGAUUUUCGGAAGGUCGUCAACGACCAGAAUCACGCGAAGGUCAAGAAUCACGCGGUGGACCUUCUCAAAAUCGGCCAUAUAGUGGUCGAGAUUCAGAUUCAAGUCUUCGUCGAACUGGUGAACGUCGCGAAGGUGGAGGACGUGGAGGAUUUCAACGUACAAUGCAACGUCAACAACAAUCAUCAAAUCAAGAUGAUAUUGGUAAUUGGCGACAAAAACCACCAAUGGAUUCAGAACAUUCUGGAGCAGCUGCCGAUGAAGAUGGUGAAGGUGGUUGGAUGAAAGUUGAUCAUGGCCGUGGUAGAGCUGCUGGUGGUGGUGGUGGUGGCGAUCGACGUAUGCCUGAUAAUCGUAAUCGUUAUGCUGGACGUGGUUCACGUGAAGGUGGUCUUCGUGGUGAUCAUGGUGAUGAAUCACGUGGUCCGGGUAUGUCAUCAAGAGCUCCACCACCAUUACCACAACGUCGUUAAUCAAUAUCAGAUGAUGAUUAUGGUCGAAUUUAACAAACAAACAAACAUCAUUGAAUUCUUUCUUUUUUUCUCAAUACAUUCGCUUUAGGCUUUUAUUUUUUAAAUGAAAAAAAAUUAUU